AUGGAGGAUCCUUCAGAAGAAUUGCCUUCACAAAAAAUUUAUAAUGAGGUUAAAGGUAGCAGCUGUUAUUCUGAGCAUUCGAGUAUCUUCCACGGGAAGAGGAGUCAAUUAGAACGGAACCCUAAAAUUCAGCAGUAUGCGAAGCAAAUUAUAGAAGCCUUAUGCUACUUAAGUAAAAACGGGGGUGGAUAUAAAUUGAAUAAUGACCGUUGUAAGUUUUUAUAUUGGCUAAUAGGAAGUGCUGUAGUGUCCAAUUUAGGUGGGAAGAAUUUUUCAAACCUUAUGAGUGAGAUAUACAAUACGCUGUACCCCUAUAUAUGGAUCGAUGGGUGCACUUCCCCAUAUUAUAUUUCUAUUAGCAAAGAGUUAUUCAGCCACUUAAAAGUAUUGCACGAUUUUCACCAUGACGAAGGAGCCAUAAAGGCAAAACUACUACUACUGCAGGCACGCACUGAUUCUAAGAAGCAUCCAUAUUGUGCUCGCAUACAGCAAGUCAUUUCAGCAUAUGAGGCCGUGCAAAGUGACUGUGAUGAUGGUAAGACGAGUACAAAGAAAUAUUGUCACGACCUAAAAACAAAAUAUAAAGGUUACAGUGAAGAAGGGCUGUCUCAGGUAGAAUCAAAAUGUGAUUCAAUGACUGAAGCAGGAGAAAAAGCAACAACCACAUCAAUCAAACUAACGAAGACGCACUUGGAAAUGCUAACCUCAUAUGUGAAAUAUUAUAAGCAAUUUACGGUUAACCCUGAUUACUGCUACUACUGUAAUUUUCCCAGCAGGAAGAAAAUAUAUGACAAGCUCAAAGCAUAUUUUGAUGAUGACAAAUAUGCUAAUAUAAUUGCCAGAGCGUUGUGUUAUGUUUCUACAAAGGCGAAAGAAGAAAAGGAGAAAGGAGAGGAGAAAGAGGACGAGGAAGAAGAAGAGGAGGAGGAAGGGCCGAAGGAAGAGGACGAAGGGGUGGAAAAACCAAACCACGAGAAGCGUUGUAAAUUUUUCAAUUUUUGGUUAGGCCAUCUGCUGUAUAAAAAACUGAAUGAUAAUUCUAAAUUUUCAGAGGUAAUAGGGGUGAUUAACACUGAAUUAGAUAAAAUUUCUGAGGAACAUAAAUGUGAAUUGCCAAUCACUAACAUUGACAACGCCACUGGCUUCAACAAUAGAAGAAUAGUCUAUGAAUAUUUCAUAGACCAUGCUAAAAUAACAAAGCAGUUAAACAUUUCUGAUUCCGGUUCCCCUACUUCCUCCUCUAAACCUAAAUGUGAUAAAGCAUAUUGCAAGCACCUAACGAACAUUACUACAGCUUAUAAUGCCCUAAAGGAUGAAUGUAAUGGUAAGGUGGAUGGUUUCUGUGGAAAUUUCAACAGCACAUAUAAAACACUCAUUGAAAAGGACCUAUCAAAAUUAACAUGUCAACUGGAGGAAGGGGAAGGGGAGGAAGGAGGGGAUGACCCCCUCCUUCCUCCUUCUUCCUCCCUUUCCAAAGUUGCAAAACUGCCUGAGGACGACGACCCAACUGGUAUUUGCACUGAACAAUUGAUGGAGGAGGCGACCAUCUCUGGGGCAAAUACCACUGCUGCUCCAAUUGUGUCUUCCGUAUUUGGCACACUAAUAGGAAUACCUGCCAUUGCUCUUUUUUUAUAUAAAUAUACUUCCUUACCAUCUUUGUUACAUGCACAAUUUAAGGGAGGAGGAGGAGGAAGAAACAACAGCAGUGUAAGCAACAUUAGAAAGAGAACAACAACGGCUUCAGUUGAAAGCGACUUUGACGACGACACAUCAAUAAUAGGAGGUUCAACAACAGAGUAUGAUUCAACAAUAGGUGACUCUUCUACAAUAUAUUCUGUCCCUUAUGUUAGAUAA